AUGGCUCUCCUUCCCGCUCCUCGUGAGGCUGCUAAUACUGGCAAGGCUAUUCACAUUGCCGGGAUUCGAACAACUUCGCCAGAAGAUCUCAUCGAUCUCGCUAUUGAGAGUCAUAUUGCCCGUAUAGUCAAACGCUCCUCUGUUGGAGGCGAUGAAUCAUUCUUCAUUGCCGAUUUGGGUCAGAUAAUUCGACAAUAUCACCGAUGGACCCAAAACAUGCCAGGGAUACGACCAUAUUAUGCGGUCAAAUGCAAUUGUGACCCAAUGUUUCUCAAGGUUCUUGCCGAACUGGGCGCGGGAUUCGACUGCGCAUCCAUCGAAGAGAUGCGUGCAGUGCUCAAUCUCGGCGUGGACCCAUCUCGCAUUUUGUUCGCAAACCCAUGCAAAGCCCCCGCCGCUGUAGCCUUUGCGAGUGAGAUUGGCGUCCUGCGAACGACGUUUGAUAACAUCGAUGAACUGGAUACCAUAAAAGCGCACAUGCCAGAAGCCCAGUUGUUGCUUCGUAUUUAUGCAAAUGACGAAGGUGCCUUUAUUUGUCUAGGAGAGAAAUUUGGCGCGCACAUGGACACAACCGAGGAGCUACUUUCACGGGCGUGGGAGCUCGGGUUGAAUGUUGUUGGUGUUAGCUUUCAUGUCGGGACUGGUGCUACCAACCCCAAAUCCUUUUGCAAUGCCAUCAAAGAUGCACGGGUGGCAUUCUCGCAAGCGGAACGUCUAGGGUUCCACCCAAAAAUUCUUGAUAUUGGCGGUGGCUUUCAAGACAACUGUUUUGAGUCAAUGGCGCCUAUUAUUCGGGAGGCCAUUUGCUCAGAGUUUCCGGUCGGUAUCACAACCAUCGCAGAACCAGGUCGGUUCUAUGCUCGCAGUGUAUACACCCUUGUAUGUCGCGUUAUUUCACGCCGGCGCCAGCUUGGAAGUGCAGCAUCAUCUGGUAUUCCGGACAUGCUAUAUCAGAACGAUGGCAUAUAUGGUAACUUCAUGAAUGUCAUCAUGGAAAAGGAAAUUAUGGUUCCCCACUUGAUAAAACCCAAGAAAACUAAAGAUGGGAUUAUGCCUAAUUAUAAAACCAAUGGAGUGAGCAAAAUUGCGAGUGAUGUGGCAUCAAAGUCAGAGCACCGGUAUUCAAUCUGGGGGCCUACGUGUGACAGCACAGACUGUGUGGUGCGGGAGGUUACUUUCGACACUGAAAUCAAAAUUGGUGACUGGCUUAAGUAUAAGAACAUGGGAGCUUACACGAGUACCACCGCUACCCAGUUUAAUGGCUUUAGCAGUACAUACGAUACAUUCUAUGUGAACAGUGAAGCAUUGCCAACCUUUUAA